AUGGCGCCCACCAUCUACCCAGCCAAGCUGACCCUGCCGUGUCCGCUCUUCGCGGCUGACUUUGACCCGCGCGACAAUCGCUUCCUGCUGGUCGGCGGCGGAGGCGGCCAAGGGCGCAGCGGCGUUCUUCUGGAUACAUCGAAGCGAGACGAAAUCAAACAGUCCGUGGAGCUGGAGCUCUCGCGCGAUGAAGACUCGGUGACGUCGCUGGCAGCCGCGCCGCAGUCGGGCAACGCGAAUGAGAUCAUCGCGCUGGCGGGUAUCAAUAGCUCGGUCGAGCAGGUAAAGAAGAAUAAUAACCAGCACCUGCGGUCGUUUCGGUUUGAUGCCCCGCACAGAGAACUAGCUGUUAUGCUUCCACCUACGGAUUCGGCGAUUGAGAAUGAGGCUGAGGAUGAGAAAGAGACGAAGAAAGAGGAAGCUCGGACAGAAGGGCAGCUGAUUCCUGGCAAGGCGACGCCCUUGUCGCAAGCUUCGCUAUUCAAAAUUAAGGGGGGUGCGGAUUCGGCGGAUACCUACCAGCGGGUUCUGCGCUUGUCGCCGUGGAGGAAGAACAAGGGCGUGGAGGGCGAUGAUACAGAGAGUGCGCGUAUCGCCGCCAUCACCACGGGACUCGCUCCCUCCGGUGAAAUUGUCUUCUUCCACGCAACAGAAACGCCCAGCGAGUCCGAUGUCGUUGGGCGCAUCCGUCUGAGUGGCAAUGAGGAGGCCGAGGAUCUGGACUUUGCCAAUCUAGAGAACGACAAGUUCCGCGUUGCGUACACCACCGGCGUGGACGUGGUCAUUGGCGAGAUCUCCUCUUCCAAGCGGUCCAACGCCGCGCCAGACGUGAAAACCAUCUUUUCCAUCCCUCUGCCCAAGAGCGGUACUGCUCGCCCCAAGUUCCGUGCCCUCCGUUUCCUCAACCCAACAACGCUGCUCCUGCUCCAAAAUGCGCCGGAUCGCGGCGGUGCAGAGCUCGUUCUCCUCCGAUUACCCGAUGACAAGACAAGCAAGGCAUCUAUCCUGAGCAGAAAACGCCUCCCGCGCAGUGUCAAGAUCGGUUUGGGUCUCGACGUCUGCCCAUUAGGCACAAACCCGCAGGGCCAGCAGCAGACCAUCAUCGCUGCCAGCGGUAGCGAUAACUCUAUUGCCCUCUUCACGCUGGAAUUCGGCCCAGUCCGUGGCUUUGGCCCCAUCCGUCCCUUCACCGUCAUCCGCGAUGUCCACCCUUUCUCCAUGACCAAACUCGUCUUCUCAACCUUCAUUGCACCCGCACACCCCGUCGGCCCGGAAGUCCCGCCCCAAAACGUCAAGCUCGCCUCCGUGUCCAUGGGAAACACAGUAGUCGUGCACACAAUCCCCCCUCUCCCCCUUCCCUCCUCCGUCCCGCACGCCGCGCUACGCAUGUUCCUGUUGUCACUGGUCGCCAUCCUCGCAGCCCUGCAAUCCUUCGCGGAAGUCCGCGGCCUCGCGCCGUCGAUCCUAGGCGCAAGAGACUACGUCGGCGAGUCCUGGACUCGUCCGUAUAUCCCUGACGCGCACGGCAAGAAUCAUCCGAUACUGGAACGCAUCUUCCCCGCCCUGCGCAGCGCUCCCGCGCUUGAACAGUCCGACCAACUCGAAUCCCUCCGCCAGAUCCUGGACCGCGUCCACGCCGCCGGCGUGGCGCCUGUUGAUCUCGACAUCCCGUCUCCAAAGGACCUCUCCGUGAUCGUGAGAUGCGAUCCCCGAGUGGGAGAAAGUCCGGAGCACAGCGUUAUCGUCGAAACGGCACAGUCGGCGCAUCUUAUCCCCUCGUCGAAGGAGGACAAGCUUCGCGCGUGGAAAGAGCUCUCGGCUUCCGAGCAGAGGGCGUGGAAACAGCGUCUUACGCAUGCGGGUCGCUGGGCUGCGGGUGAGGGCGAGUCUGUGCUCCAAGGCGUGCUCUUUUCGGAAACUUGUGGGAAAUUGGGCGAUAAGGUGAAGGAGAAACUGUCUUAA